ACAUUUUGGGUUUUGUUCUGGGUUGGGGAAAGUAAUCUGUGUUACAGGAGCCUUCCUUAUGUCAUCAGGACGAAAGAGUCUUAGUCACUAUGUGUGUGCAACUAGGAAUGAAGAGAAGUUUGCAAGCCUGUUGGAUCUCCUAGACAUUGUAGCAGUUCUUGAGACCAUUGACCAGGAUAUUCUUCUACACACCAUUUAUGGUGGAUAGAAGCAGCAUAUUGUUACAUAGUUUCUGUCUUCCUUUUGUUAACAAUCUGAAAAGGUGGUGCUUGGAGGACUUCUACUUUAUGAUCCCUUUUCUUGUGCUUUCGAGUGUAUACAUGAAAAUGUUGAGGAAAGUCAUCCAGAGGUUUACGCUGAAAAGACUACAAGUUGAUGUUUUACUCAAAGCUGUUGGAGAUACUCCUAUAAUGAAGACCAAGAAAUGGACUGUAGAGAGAACCCGUACAAUCCAAGGCCUCAUUGACUUUAUCAAAAAGUUUCUCAAACUAUUAGCCUCAGAACAGCUGUUUAUUUAUGUAAAUCAAUCUUUUGCUCCUUCACCAGACCAGGAGGUUGGAACAUUAUAUGAGUGUUUUGGAAGUGAUGGCAAGCUAGUUCUUCAUUAUUGUAAAUCUCAAGCCUGGGGAUGAAUCUAGAGCUUCCAGUGUUUUGGAUUAUUGGAAAAUGAAUGGGCUGUAAUAAUAUUCAGAAACAUUCCCCAGGGAUGACCUGAAGAAUUGUCUGCAUUGUCGCCCGUGGAAUUUACUUAUUCUUUCUCUUGUUUUCUCUGUAUGUCACGGUAGGAGACAAGUACAAGAACUACACAAGUGUCUCUGCCUCAGGAUUUAAGUCACUGGAUAACUUGAUUGUGGGACUACCGUUGCAUGUGUCAUUUAUAGAGCUGAGCCUGUCUUUUGUUGCCCCAGGAUUUUAAUGUUUCCUCUCCUAUUAAAGGAUACAAUCUUUUGAUUCAGAGAGUACAUAGAUCAUUUCAUGAGACUGAAUAGAAAUGUAAGUCUUCCUCAAGGUUUGCUUACUGUUCUGAGCAGCUGGAGUAAUUGCAUGUGAGAUAAAUGGCUACAUUUUCUA